GCACUGUGCGCGCGCGCGGUCCCUCCCUGCAGCCGAGAGGAGGAGAGCUGAAGGUGACCUGUCAUCAGCAUCUCCAUCGAUCAGCUGACCGGGUAUCGAUCCCUGAUCAGGCAGUGACCGGCCGGGACAGACGCGCCGCCGCCGCCGCCAUGGGGAACCGGGGCAUGGAGGAGCUGAUCCCGCUCGUGAACCGGCUGCAGGACGCCUUCUCCGCCAUCGGCCAGAACGCGAGCCUGGACCUGCCGCAGAUCGCGGUGGUGGGCGGGCAGAGCGCGGGAAAGAGCUCGGUUCUGGAGAACUUCGUGGGCAGAGACUUCCUCCCUCGUGGCUCUGGAAUUGUGACUCGGCGCCCCCUGGUGCUCCAGCUUGUCACCUGUCCAACAGAGUAUGCAGAGUUCCUGCACUGUAAAGGAAAGAAGUUCACAGACUUUGAUGAGGUCCGCCAGGAGAUCGAAGCCGAGACGGACCGAAUAACCGGACACAACAAAGGAAUCAGUCCAGUUCCCAUCAACCUGAGGGUGUACUCCCCCAACGUGCUGAACCUUACCCUGGUGGACCUUCCGGGGAUGACGAAGGUCCCGGUGGGCGAUCAGCCCCCCGACAUUGAGCAACAGAUCAAAGACAUGCUCCUGCAGUUUGUUACCAAAGAUAACUGCCUCCUGUUGGCCGUUUCACCCGCCAACUCUGACCUCGCCAACUCCGAUGCACUGAAGAUUGCCAAGGAGGUUGACCCACAAGGUUUGAGGACCAUCGGAGUGAUCACCAAACUGGAUCUGAUGGAUGAGGGAACCGAUGCCAGAGACAUCCUGGAGAACAAACUGUUGCCGCUCCGUAGAGGUUACAUCGGUGUGGUGAACCGCAGCCAGAAGGACAUCGAUGGGAAGAAAGACAUCACAGCAGCUCUGCAGGCCGAGAGAAAGUUUUUCCUGUCCCAUCCCGCAUACCGCCACCUGGCUGACCGCAUGGGGACUGCCUACCUACAGAAAAUCCUAAACCAGCAACUGACCAACCACAUCCGGGACACGCUGCCGGGCCUUCGAAGCAAACUUCAGAGCCAGCUGCUGUCUAUUGAGAAAGAGGUGGAGGAGUACAAGAACUUUAGACCGGACGACCCGAGCCGCAAGACCAAGGCUCUUCUGCAGAUGGUGCAACAGUUUGCGGUGGACUUUGAGAAGCGGAUCGAAGGCUCUGGAGACCAGGUGGACACGUAUGAACUGUCGGGAGGAGCAAAGAUCAACCGCAUCUUUCAUGAACGCUUCCCCUUCGAAAUGGUCAAGCUGGAAAGCGACGAGAAGACUCUCCGCAAAGAGAUCAGCUACGCCAUCAAAAACAUCCACGGAAUCAGGACCGGCCUGUUCACACCUGACAUGGCGUUUGAGACGAUUGUGAAACGGCAGAUUGGUCAGAUCAAAGAGCCGUGUCAGAAGUGUGUGGACAUGGUCAUCGGCGAGCUUGUCAACACCGUGAGGCAGUGCACACAGAAGCUGGCUCAGUAUCCGAUGCUCAGAGAGGAGAUGGAGCGAAUCGUCACUCAGCACAUCAGAGACAGAGAGAGCCGCACUAAAGACCAGGUGUUGCUUUUGAUUGACAUCGAGCUGGCCUAUGUGAACACCAACCACGAGGACUUUAUUGGCUUUGCAAACGCACAGCAAAAGAGCAGUCAGCUGAGUAAGAAGAAGGCUGCAGGAAACCAGGACGAAAUCAUGGUGAUCCGCAAAGGCUGGCUAACUAUCAACAACAUUGGCAUCAUGAAGGGCGGAGCCAAGGAGUACUGGUUUGUCUUGACCGCAGAGACCCUCUCUUGGUACAAAGAUGAUGAGGAGAAAGAGAAGAAGUACAUGCUCCCUGUGGACAAUCUGAAACUGAAGGACAUCGAGAAGAGCUUCAUGUCCAGCAAACACAUCUUUGCACUGUUCAGUACUGAACACCGAAAUGUUUACAAGGACUACCGUCAGCUGGAGUUGGCCAGCGAGUCUCAGGAAGAGGUGGACAGCUGGAAGGCGUCUUUCCUGCGUGCCGGCGUGUACCCUGAACGCAGCGUGGACAAGGAGAAGGCGGAGGCAGAGGACUCGAACUCUGACAGCCAGAUCCACAGUCUGGAUCCUCAGCUGGAGCGACAGGUGGAGAUCGUCAGGAAUCUGGUGGACUCGUACCUGUCCAUCAUCCACCGCACAGUCAGGGACCUGAUCCCCAAAACCAUCAUGCACCUGAUGGUCAACAACACUAAGGAGUUCAUCCAUGCGGACCUGCUGGCUCAUCUUUACUCCUGUGGAGACCAGAACACCCUGAUGGAGGAGUCCCAGGAGCAGGCCCAGCGCCGAGAUGAGAUGCUCCGGAUGUACCACGCCCUUCGAGAGGGCCUGAACAUCAUUGGUGACAUCAGCACCACCACUGUCACCACGACUGCGCCGCCGCCUGUGGACGACUCGUGGCUGCAGGUGACAGGGAUGCCGUGUGGACGCAGGUCUCCAAUGUCCAGCCCAACCCCCCAACGCCGCGCCCCACCAGGUCCUCCCCGACCCGGUGGACGUGCGGCCCCCGGUCCCCCAUCUCGUCCCGCCGUGUCACCGGAUCCUGGACCUACGCCCUCUGUACCCUCAAGGCCCAAUAGAGCCCCCCCUCCAGGAGUCCCCAGAAUCUCUGUCAGUGACCAGUGAGGAGUUCACCAAUGUCGUCCCAGUAAAGGUAGCCCCGCCCAUGGAGAGAGCCCCCAGUCGUCUAUUGAGGGUUAAUAUGAGUGUGUGUGUGAGCUCUCUGUGAUGCUACGGUGAACUUUGCCGGUUCGUCAAUGUGACGUAUCAAUCAGCAGACCUCUACUGCAAUACUGAGGGCGUUCACCUGUGGUCCUGCUGUCAGGUGAGGAGGCUGCCCGUCUGCCUGCAGCCUGUCUCACCACACGAAAACAUCUGACGCACCUCCGUUUGAUUCCCACUCGCUCCCUGUCCUCCAGUGUAAAUUCAAGACGUUCUGGGACUUUUCUUCUGUGUAAAGUUUAGAUAAAUUUUAAAGUUGUGAAAUUAUUUAUUGAUUAAUUUAUGAUACGCAGCUCCCAACUGCGCAGUGUGUGAAGUAAGUGUGUGUUUGUAAAUAUGUCCUCCCAAAUGUUGUCCUGUUGCACUUCAACUACUCUGUUUGGACCAGUAGCUGCUGGUUCUUGCUGCCAGAGGUGGAUGUACCUGGUCCAGCAGAGAGGAAGUGGUUCCGCACGACUCCCAGCUGGUUCCAGAGUUAUUUUGGGUUGUGUCCCAAUUCCUCCCCUACUCCCUAUAUAGUGCGUUUACCAUUUUGUAGUGCUGUCCUAAUCUACAAUUCCAAAAUCCAGAGCCCUAGAAAAUCUCCCAGAAGUCUCUGCAAAAAGCUAGUGUGCAUCGAUGCUCAUUAGAUCAACGAAUAUAGACCACAAUGCGUUGCGUCGGAACAAUUUUUGCCAGAAAAAUGUAUUUAAAUGUAUUUUUUAAAUAAAUCAUCAACGUUUUUAUCUUCAGAAGGCAGUGGACUCAUAAAUCGUUGUCCCAAAACGCUCAUAUUAAUGAGAUUUUAACUUUGUGAAAUUCAUGACGUCAUAUCCGCCGUUUAAAGAGCGUGAGCGUGGCGUCCGAAUUGCUUUUAAAAUCCAGGACACUACAUAGUUUUUUAGUAGUUAUAGACGUUAGGGUGGGAACUCGGACACAGCCUUUUUCUUUCUUAAAAGGUGCUCAUUUGUUGCAACUGGUUCCAAAAAAAUGUAGUGGUGCACAAAAUGUGUUGUAUUCCAUGUUUGUUAACUCUUCUGGUGUAAACACUUGAGUUCCUUUAGAAGUGUUGUCUGUCUGCUGCUGAGGAAGAUGUCCGCACGUCUUCCUCGGUUCUGGUUCUGGUUUCAGCGGCUGAACUGUUCCUCCUAACACGUGUUUGCUGUCCGUUUGCUGACUGCGUGUAGCGGUGAUGUGUCUGUGCGUGUCCAUUAGUGCCAGCAUGCUCAGUGACGUGUUGUGAACCGAAGGUUGUUAAACAUUGCAGCACACUAACACACACUCUCAUUCUGUAUCAGUAUAAAUCUGUGUCGACAGCAUAUACGAAACUAUAACAAUGUGCCAUGUAUGUGUUAAAAACAUGUAUUACACUGAGAAAUGCAGUGGCCCGCAAAAUUAUGUGUGGCUGCGUUUGUGUGUAGUUUGUUGUGAAUCCUGGUGUCAUGUGAUUGGCGCCAACAGAGAUGUGUGCUAACACCAAUAAAGUUGGGUGAAUGAAGACAA